GUUUGAUCACCUACCCCAUCCUCAGUUCCGAUCUACUACUUCCGCUUCUCCUGAGCACAACGCAAACAGAGCAGAGGGCAACGAGGGCGCUGAUGGCGAUGGCGGCGGCGCUGCGGGCGGCUGCCGCGGACGCGAUAGUGACGUUCCUGUGGGUGCUGUGCGUCUCCACGCUGGGGGCCUCGACGGCGGCGGUGACGUCCUACCUGAAGCUGCAGGGCGUCCAGUACGCGCUCCUGGUCACCGUCUCCCUCCUCUCCGUCCUGCUCUUCGUCUUCAACAUCCUCUGCGACCUCCUCGGCGGCGCCAGCUUCAACCCCACCGGCGUCGCUGCCUUCUACGCAGCCGGAGUCACCAGCCCCUCCCUCUUCGCCGUCGCGCUCCGGUUCCCGGCGCAGGCCGCCGGCGCUGUGGGCGGCGCUCUUGCCAUCUCGGAGCUGAUGCCGGCGCAGUACAAGCACAUGCUCGGGGGGCCCUCGCUCAAGGUGGAUCCCCACACCGGCGCAGUCGCCGAAUUAGUGCUCACUUUCGUCAUCACCAUGGCUGUGCUCUGGAUCAUCGUCAAGGGCCCCCGCAACCCCAUCAUCAAGACAUGGAUGCUUUCCAUCUCCACCGUAUGCCUCGUCCUCUCCGGCGCAGCCUACACCGGCCCUUCCAUGAACCCAGCCAAUGCAUUUGGCUGGGCAUAUGUCAACAAUCGUCACAACACUUGGGAGCAGUUCUAUGUGUACUGGAUAUGCCCCUUUAUUGGUGCCGUCCUUGCUGCAUGGAUCUUCAGGGCUUUGUUCCUGGCACCACCACCUAAGCCCAAGGCCAAGAAAGCAUGAUGAACAUCACUUGGUCAUGGUCUCGUGGAUGCCGGAUCUGGAGAAACCAACAUUAAUUGCUAGAAAUAGAGGAACGGAAAGAAUUAGUUCCUCGUGUAUUCAAUCACCUCAGUUUCCCAGCAUGUUGGGAUUAAAUUGAUUAUUGCGGUAACUAUGUUACUCGUGCUAUUGAUAAUUUAAUGGUAAGGUGCCCCAUGCGAUGCAAUGGCAUUGCCCCAUUUGUUGCUA